UACUUUGAGAUUGUCACACAUUAUUUUCCUUAUAGUAUAACAAUUUGAAUUUUGAGAAAUACUUCCACCGAAUAAUCAACCACUCGUAAAUUGCAUAUAUAUAUUCCCAAUACAUGAAUAUGCGUGUUUAAGACUCUUAAAUGAGAUUAAUGCUCUAAAACGGUUAUAGUUUGUGUCCAUAAAUACCUACUUUAAGACAAGAGAGAAGAAGAGUGUAAGAGAGCACACAACAACUACAAAGAAGAACAAAAUAAGAGAGAAUGAAGCCCUUUUGUCUGAUUAUAUUCCUAUCGAUCGUGAUCCAACAAAGCUACUUGAAGCUAGGAGCUGAUGCGUCUUCGAGGGAUGGGUUUGUAAGAACCAAAGGUGUUCAGUUUAGCCUCAAUGGCUAUCCUUAUUACGCUAACGGCUUCAAUGCCUAUUGGCUCAUGUACGUCGCCUCCGAUCCAAUCCAAAGGCCUAAGAUCUCUGCCGCCUUCCAAGAGGCCUCUAGCCAUGGUCUGACCGUAGCUCGAACCUGGGCUUUCAGUGACGGCGGUUACAGGCCUCUCCAGUAUUCCCCUGGCUCUUACAACGAGGAUAUGUUUCAGGGUUUGGAUUUUGCGAUAGCUGAAGCAAGAAGGAAUGGUAUAAAGAUCAUACUGAGCUUUGCUAAUAACUACGUGAGCUUUGGAGGGAAGAAGCAAUAUGUGGACUGGGCUAGAAGCCAAGGCCGUCCUGUAUCUUCUGAAGACGACUUCUUCACAGACUCUCUUGUUAAAGAUUUCUACAAGAACCAUAUCAAGGCUGUGCUGAACAGAUUCAAUACUUUCACAAAAGUUCAAUACAAAGAUGACCCAACAAUUAUGGCUUGGGAGCUCAUGAAUGAGCCUCGUUGCCCCUCAGAUCCAACCGGAAGAACCAUUCAGGCUUGGAUUACUGAAAUGGCUGCUCAUGUGAAAUCACUAGAUAGCAACCACCUGCUUGAAGCUGGCCUCGAAGGUUUCUACGGCCAGUCCUCACCUCAAAGCAAGACUCUGAACCCACCAGGCCAGUUUGGAACAGAUUUCAUCGCCAAUAACCGCAUCCCGGGAAUUGAUUUCGUCACUGCUCACUCUUACCCCGACGAAUGGUUUAUAGACGCAAGCGAGCAAUUCCAAAUGGAGUUCUUAAACAAAUGGCUGGACGCACACAUCCAAGACGCUCAGAACGUUCUCCGCAAACCCAUAAUCUUAGCAGAGUUCGGUAAAUCAACUAAGAAAGCAGGCUACUCUCCCGCGCAGAGAGACGUCGUCUUCAACACCGUGUAUACCAAGAUCUACGAGUCUGCCAAACGAGGAGGAGCCGCAGCGGGAGGACUGUUCUGGCAACUCUUGGGCAACGGAAUGGAUAAUUUUCAAGAUGGGUAUGGGAUCAUACUCGGCCAAAGCUCCUCGACGGUUAACGUCAUCGCUCAGCAGUCGCGGAAGCUGACUUUGAUUCGCAAAAUCUUCGCGAGGAUGAUCAAUGUGGAGAAAUGGAAGAGAGCCAGAGGAUAUGGACCAGUAGGAAAAGGAGGUCACUAUAUUCCGAAUUGACCACAUGCAAAUAGAGUCUUCUUGUAAUAGUGUUUACUUCUGUUUUCGAAAUCGUACGAUCCAACGAAUGUUAUUAGUGAUAGAAUAGUGAUGCUUUACUAUUACUUAUUUAGUAGUUUAGUAAUAAUAAAAAAAAACUUUGAAUCUUCAAA